UUUGGCCUGCAGCCUGCAGCAUUUGGGUUGGCAGUUAGCACGGGAUGGCGGAGGGCACAAUGUGUCAUGGAGGUUCUCAAGGCGGACUUACGGCUGAUUGAACAAGAACUGCCCCAGGGCACGUGCCAAGUGGACCUCGUGGAUUCCAACCUGUUCCAUUGGGAGGUGGCACUUUCUGGACCAGAAGGAACCCCGUACAGGGGCGGAACAUUCAGAUUCUGGUUGUGGUUCCCUGUUGAGUACCCGGAGAAAGCUCCACGUUUGAAGUGCUUGACCCCCAUGUACCAUUGUAACAUUGAUCGGAAUGGCAGUGUGUGCUUGGACAUGGACCAUGAGCUGUUGCAACUCAAAGUAGCUGGUCCAGAUCCUGAGGUGGAGCAGUCAUCACGGAGUUCUGCCUAUUGCAUUGUCCAGGCGUUGCUCUCCCUGUUUGCUGCACCAGUGCCUGAAAAUGCUCUCGUUCCUGAUGCAGGACGUUCGUUGUGGCGGCAGUGGAGACGGAGGUACUAGAUGAUCAAAUCAGGGUGUUUCUCGAGGUUCCUGACCGACCGGCAGGAGUACAACAGAAGAGCGCAGCAGUGGACUACUCAGCAUGCGUCGUAGAGGUUCCACAAGGUGCCGCUUGCGAGAACAACUCGCUUGAGCGGUUACCCAUCCGCAAAAUAAGUGCGAAACCAGUGCAGUGGAGAGAGUUUGAGAAGAGCGGGGGAAGAGAGUGGGAGACCCUGUACAAUCCAGAAUGAAUCGCGCUUGUGUGUGGCUCAUUUUUUUUUCAAACUUUUUGCAGCUGCCACCCUUGCUUGAGCC